AUGCUACGGCGCACGAGACGAGCGCCCUCGGCAUGUUCUUGGUGUCACCACCGGAAAGUCCGAUGCGACGCGUCGAUUUUGGGCUGUCCGUGUACGCGCUGCCGCCAGGAUGGUCGCACUGACUGCGUGCUUCGAGGAAAGCUAUCAAAACAAUUCCCCCAGGGCAGCCCGCAUUUCGCUGCCUCGAGCGAGCAUGGAAAACUCGAUCAUGAAUCUCACCAACUUGAUAACGCACUCCCCGAUGACAUAGGCGACAGAGAUGAAGGGAAACAUCCUCCACCGGCUGCCCAUCUUCACUUUGAGACAUCAGCUGAAAAGGCUGGAGGACCGCGGCACUCAAAUGUUGCUUACUCGGAAUACGACUUCAUAGAUUGUUUUUCACUCUCCUCUUUGCCACCAGAGGACAUGCAAUACCUGGCCUCGAAGUCUUCUCUUACUCUGCCGGAUCAAGACGCGAUUGAUGAGUUUGUGCACCAGUAUUUCAGACAUAUUCAUCCCACUGUGCCGGUAUUGGAUGAAGGCGAGUUUUGGCGGAUCUAUCAAGGCGAUCCUGAGCCCGAAAGGCUAUCAAUAUUUGUCUUCCAGGCCGUUCUUUUCGCAAGCUGUCCAUUUGUCUCGUUGGAAACAUUAUACCGCUGCGGCUUUAAUGACAAGCGAGAUGCCCGAAACAAGCUGUAUAAUCGCACAAAGCUCUUGUUCGACUUGAAAGCCGAAGUACGACCGUCGGCAAAAGCCCAGGGCGCUGUUCUCCUCACUCACCAUACCUCCGCCGAGCAUCCCCAAGCAGGAAGCUUGUGGUUGACACGAGCCAUUGAAAAUGCCUUGAUAAUUGGUGCUCAGCCAUCAUUGCUGGAUGAGCAUGUGAGUGACUCACUCAAAAAGCGACUUUGGUGGUCUAUUCUUCUCCGUGACCGCAGUCUGUGUAUUGGUCUCCGGCGUCGCCCCCAGGUCACAUCAAUCAACCUACACGGAUGGUCUGACUGGCUGCGUGAAGAAGACUUUGCGGAAGAGCUAUAUUCCUCGCGGGUAUACGACCUAGACGCAAAACGACUAUUGUUACAGGCACUCCAGGAACAAUGCCAGCUCGCCGUGUUGCUGACCGACCUGGUCUCGUUGAUCUUCUGCCCUCGCGCCAACCCCAGCUGUUUCCUUUCAGCCGAAGAAUUCCAUGGACUGAUGUCCAAUGUUGAGAGAAUUAGGGUGUCAUUAACUGAGUGGGAAAUGCAGACACAGCCUGCUCUGCGACUUGAUGCAGUACAGGACAAUUCCGGCCCCGCUGCGACAAUUUAUGCGGCCUUCAUGAUAGAGGAAAAUCUAUCUUAUGCGAGAGAGACAUAUAAGCAGCAGAUGCUCAAAAUCGGACAGGAUCUUAGAGGCGCGAUUGGGGGUCUAACUGCCAUCAUGGAAUUCUUUAGCGCAAACGGACGCUCAGAUAGCUUGCCUCUCAGCAUACUUGGCUAUGUGGGCAUGCCAUUGAUAUUGGCGGCAAUUGACUUGAAGCUAUCACCUUCCCACGAAGAGAUGAUGAUCCGGCAAAAGCGUCUGCACUCACUUAGUGGAAUCAUACGGCAAUCAGAAACCCUCUACGAUGUCACCGAUUUUGUCGCCGCAGGCACCAACCACAUAUUGCAGCUUGCCUAUUUGACUACACAGAACCAUUUCCUUGGUUGGGAGCACCAUGUUAAACGGAACGCACCGAGCGAUCAACUAAAGAAAGCCUGUUCGAGUGACAAUCCUUCAGACAGCGAUUUGAUGAAAGGACCCAACUCACAUGUCCGCGUGAAGAGCUGGUCGGACGCCUUCAUUUAUUUCCCUCGGGCGUAUCUUUUAAUUUCUACAUCAGUGGACUACAGCUUAGCUGUUGGGCGUUUGCCAUAUGAACAUGCACUUCCCGAGCUGGUACGUCACAUUCCAUCAAUGGGUGCUACUUCACGGCUCCCAUGGACGAUCAGUGUUCGUCCAGUCAGCACAUUGAGACGAUGCUCUUCAUCCCGCCAAAGAAGGAGAACCAUGGGUAUUCGAUCAGAGUCUGUAGAGACUGGGAGCACCGUCCAAACCAUUAGCACCGAGACAGAUGAAGGGGCGCCACAUCGACAAGAAUCCUACACAGACGAGCGUACAAUGUUCCCCCCAUCUGGGCCGGUCGCCGCCGAACAGGAUUUAGAGCCUUCGGACCAGACUUCUAAUAGAACCGAAAAUGCCGAAAGUGAAACACAGCAGCAGUGUGGAGUGAACCUCGACUUCAUGGACUUCAAAAAUGUCCCAAACGUUCCUAGUGGCUUAUCUCCCACAAGCCCUCGAUGUGAAGAAACUUCCAUGGCCCCCGAAACUACAAGGGCGAGGACUUGCGAGGCUGUCACACGCAAAGAACAGGUGCAGGUACACCAUGAGAGACUUGAGACCGAGAAUAUCGAAGCCAAGGGAUUCAAUACGAUUUUGAUGAACUCAUUGUUUCACGAUUCCAGUGGGGAGGAAUGGGAUGAAUUGUAUCACUCGGGUUUCCAGGCAACUUGUUGA